UCCAUUCAGUCGCCAGAGUUAGGGCAGGCAACUAGCCAAAUAAGAUUUAAAAUUUUCUAGUGCAAGAAAUUCCAAAACAUUCCAUUCGAGGUAUUCACAGAUGAGUUCAAGCAAGAAAGUGGUGAGACGACGCAGUCCUGCCUAUCCGGAGGAUGAUGAAACGCAACAGGACUAUGUUCCCACGCCCAGGGAGGCGAUGAGGCUAGGCAACUGCCAGGACUAUCGCUUCCAUCGGGCGGAGACCUACCCCUCGAUCCGUCCACAAGUAUCACGCUGCGAUCCCAACAAUGUCCAGGCCAACGCUUGGCUAGCCGACUCACUCGAGGCGGACGGAUGUGGGCGAUCCUUUGACGUGAAACAGGACGAUCUACUGUACCUGUGGCAGCAGAUACCGGAUAAGCACACGUUGGGUUUCUAUGGCGUCGGCUCGCCCAGACACCAGCCGGAGUCGGUGACGUUUAACCAGGUGCUGAAGGCCAGCCUGGACAAGGCUGGCGUUGACGCCAACAAUCGGCGUUCUAACAGGCCCACACCACCACCGGCGCCUAAGGCGACGCCCCUUUCAGGAAAUACUUUAUCCAAUGAUAUGUGUCAGCCUUUCAUCCUCAACCGCCAGGCUCUGCAAACGGAGCUGCAGCAGAUGCCCAUGGUGCAGCGCAGGCUGAAUCCCCUUACGGCCUUGGAGUCUGUCUUUUGCCCUGACCCAGUCGAUCCCUUCGAUCCCUCAGGCAUAGCCCGGCUGGAAGAGAUGAAGGUCUCCAUAGCCCAAGCUCUUGACAUGAAAGGACCUCCGAAACAGAAACCUCAUGGAUUACGACGCCAUCACUGGUACUGCCCCGCGGACUGCGAUGGAGAGCAGAAUGCGUGCGCCCAGUACGAGUGGGCCAAGUACAAGCUUGAUCCCCGGCCCUAUAACGCAGAGUUUCGGCAAUGGCUUCGCGACCAAAAGGAGAUAAGGAGUCCUGAACCCAAGGACUACGAUCAAUUGUACGAAAGGUUCCUCAAUUGCUUCGAGCGGAAUUCCUCGCCAGAUCCGCUCUUGAACACCUACAAGCUCUGCUGCGCGGCGAAGUCAUGUGGAGACGAUGGGAAGGCUGACGUUGGCGGUGGUUCCGGUCACGGUGGUGCUGGUGGCGAUGGGGCAAGCGGCGGUGGUGGCGGAGCUGAUGGUGGCCGAGGCGGAGGUGCCGGUGGCGGUACUACCGGAGGUGGUACUACCAGUGGCGGUGCUGGCGGAGGAGGAGGCGGCACUGGCGGUGCUGGCGGAGGAGGAGGCGCUGGUGGUGGCCGAGGCGGAGGUACCGGUGGCGGUACUACCGAAGGUGGUACAACCGGUGGCGGUGCUGGCGGAGGAGGAGGCGCCACUGGCGGUGCUGGCGGAGGAGGAGGAGCUGGUGGUGGCCGAGGCGGAGGUACCGGUGGCGGUGCUGGCGGAGGAGGAGGAACUGGUGGUGGCCGAGGCGGAGGUACCGGUGGCGGUGCUGGAGGAGGAGGAGGCGCCACUGGAGGUACUGGCGGAGGAGGAGGAGCUGGUGGUGGCCGAGGCGGAGGUACCGGUGGCGGCGGGGGUGCCGGUGGCGGAGCUCCAGGUGAAGGUGGAAGAGGACCUGGACGAGAAGGAAGUAAUGAAACUGGAUACAAGGACAAAGACAAGGAUGGGAACAAGGACAAGAACAAAGACAAGGAGAUUACUAAGAACAAGGAUAAGAAUACGGGCAAAGACAUUGGUAAGGAUAAGGAUAAAGUCACGGAAAAAGGCAAAGGGACCGGAGAUCGCAAAAAUUUAGGCGAGUAUGAAGGAGAUGGAGAUGGAGAGGCUACCGGAGGUGACGGCAAACGUAAGGACAAAAAAAAUGUUAAGGAUGGGAAAGAGAAGAGCGAGGAGCAGGACGAAAAGAAAAUAAAUAAAACCUACCCGGAGCCCGAUAAUAAUCCACCAACAAAAAUACCACAGAAGGAGAAGGAAAAGGCACGGAAGCCCCCAAAAGAGAUUGCAGACAUUCAGGAUCCUCCAGAAAUAAACCAACCAGUGAUAAAUAAUCCUGAUACUGCAUUAGUAACUGGCACGGAAGGAUCUAAGAAUGAUUUCGAUAAUGACGAUCUCGGUCCCGUUACCGACUGGAAGGACAAGUACCCGUCUAAAAACAAAACUCCGGGAAAGGGCAAAGACAAGGAGAAGAAUAAGAGCAAGGGCAAGGAUAAGGGCAAAGAAAAGAACAAGGAUAUGUACGGUUGUGAGAAGAUGUGCCAUAUGUGUCCGCCCGCAGGAUGCCCCUGCGAGAUAUGUAGCUUCAUGCAUCGUAUCCGCGCCGAGCCAGAAGCCCGAUUUAUCCUGGAUAUGAAAAGAGAGGAAAAAAGGCGUCAGCUCCGGGACUACUAUCGCCAGAUGUGCCACCGGGAGUACAUCCGAAAUAGCUGCCGGGAGGACCUUCGCACUCCGCUCCACAAGUGCGAUCCUAUCGACUGCGACAAUAGCUUCUGCCGAAACCCACAUUUCAGCCAGCACUGCGACUGUCUCGACGCCGUGCAGGAUCUGCAAAAGCUCCUCGUCGGCGGCCAGGACAAAAGUUGGGAUCAAAAACUCUUGCAGCAGGUCGAACACUUGCGCCGGCGCAUUUCCCAGCGGAUGUGCGACUGCAUCCUCCCCUAAUUUGCUCGGGAGCUCUAUUUGGUUUUAUGAUUUAUCUUUUGGUUUUAGCUAUGAGUUUUAUUUAGAACGUAUUGGUAUUUUAUGAAUUUAAUAAACCAUUCUAUGUUUUACUAACCUAA